GUACUCAACCACGGUUACCACAUGUAGUUGAAGAAUUCGACGACGGUGAGACUAAUGAUUUCGAGAGGUUAAGAGAGAAUCAAUGGAAGCAAUUGUAUAAACAUUAAUUUUUCAAUUGAAUAUCACCCUCGCAUCUGCACAGCAACUGUCAUACAAUUCCGGCAGCAGAUAUCUUACUAAGCAGCAUCGAACCCCGACCGCCGGCCAAUCAGAAACAGGCAAAAACUGACCUUCCCCCAAACUCUCGCAGCUCUCCUUCGACGCCCUCUCCACCAUCGCCCGCCCAUCGCCAGUCUCUACUUUGACAAUUGAACCCUCUCCACGGCUAGGACGACCUUUUCAAGAUGUCUGUGAGAGAUCCUCAGUUCAACCAGCAUGUCCUCGUCGACACGACGCCAAUGCCCGAUGGCAUCCCCAAGGUGCAGGAGAUCGGUGCUACCUCUGCGCCGUUGAUGAGUGCCUCGUACUUUAUCGGUGACCGAUGCCACGCCUUCAAUGAGGAUUAUAUGAAGUGCAAGGCCGAGGCUAACGGCCGCGGGGAAUUCGAGUGUAUGAAGGAAGGUCGCAAGGUUACCCGCUGUGCGGCUAGUGUGAUCAAGGAUAUCAACACCCACUGCUUGAAGCAGUUUAACGCACAUUGGGAAUGUCUCGAGAACAACAACCACCACAUGUGGGAAUGCCGAAAGCCCGAGAUGUCUCUGAACAACUGCGUGUUUGAGAAGCUGGGCCUCAAGAAGACCAUCCCCGGAGCCCCCGAGAACCAGACUCCCGUACAUCUGCGACCUAAGCAGCUGUACGCUCAAUUCCCCGGACCUCAAUAUUAAGGCCGUUCAAUGCUGUUUCCUUUUCUGUUUGAUUUGGGUGUUUCCAAUGAAACUCUGUUUGUGUAUAUAUUAGCAUCAGGAAUGGUCAAUGGUUUCAAACUCUGUUAUUAUGGCUUAGAUAUAUGUCUAAGCUCAUCAUGGAUGUAGUCGGUUUGUUUUAAUAGUUGGGUGUAUCAGUACAUUGAUAUCUCCUCUAACAAUGGUCAAGAAAAGCCUCGCUCUAAUGUUAGAAUA